GUCAUAUAAAAAUUAUGACACUUUCCCCGUUAUGUCAGCUCAAGUAAGCAGCGAUUUGACGUAUAUUCUAUUAUGACGUCAUAUCCAGGUAGAUCAGAGAAGUUGCAACAGUUUGACAUUUUACGUGCUGCCUUAUCCUAGCUUCGGUUUCAUGAACUCCAGACAUGCCAAUAUAUAUUAAAUGAAUUUGCUUGAAGAUAAGUUAUAUUAUCGUAAGUUUUAUCCAUAGAAUAUACUAGCUACGCCAAGGUUUAUCAUUUAUUUUUUAAAACGUCUAUUGCAGAAGCUGCUACCGAGUUGUUGGUAUCUUCUAACGAAGAGUCCACAAGGAAUUUUCUUGAUAAUGCCAAGUCUGCAGACCGUUUCUACGAAGAGACAAAAGUAUUCAAAAAAGUGAAAAAUAUUUUCAUGACAAACAAUGCAGUCAUACUGAUAGGACCUCCAGGAUUUGGAAAGACACAAACCGCCAUCCACAUGAUGAUGACUUUUAAAGAGGAAUGGAUAAUUCGUAAAGUGGAAAAUUACGUUGAACUAAAUUACAUAGAAUGUGCCAAAAGGACCAUUGUCUUUAUUGAUAACAUAUUUGAUGGAAAAUCAACUGAGAUCGCAGAAUGGAUGGAGCCUCUUGAGAGACUCAACAAACUUAUCAGAAGUAUGGAUAAGAAUGGAACGCAAUUAAAAAAGAACGAAGGGGGAGAAACAAAAGAAAACAAAGGAGAAGGAGAAGAAAACGAAGCAGAGGAAUUAAAUGAAGAAAACAAAGGAGAAACAAUAGAGAAGAAAGGACGAAAAAUAAACGAAAACAAAGAAGAAACAAAAGAAAACAAAAACGAAGAAACAAUAGAAAACACAGCAGGAAAAACAAUAGAGAGGAGAGGAGAUCCUAACAAAAUCAAAGGAGGAGAAACAACAGAAAACAAAGGAGAAAAAAGACAAGAAAACGAAACAGAGGAAUUAAAUGAAGAUGACAAAGGCGGAGAAACAAUAGAGAAGAAAGGACAAAAAAAAGAAAAGAAAGGAGAAGCAAAAGAAUAUAAAGGGGAAGUAGUAAAAAGAGAAAAUGGAGAAGUUAAAGUAAUUGUUACAGCAAAAUCGGGUAUCAUCGAAGAGGCUUGUGAAUUAUUUAAUAAAAGAACAAUUUUUUGGGAGGACUGUAUCGUGAAUCUCUCAGAGGAAAAAUAUGAAUUGAAAAACAACGAGAAAAAAAGAAUUCUUUUAAAACAAAUCGAAUUUGCAAAUCAAAAAAAGGGCAUUCGACCCCCCGAUUUGUCAGAUAUAUUCUGGGAAAGAGUCACAAAAUCUAAAGCACAUAUCGGAUUUCCUUUGUGUGCUCAUUUAUUUGCAUUUGAAGAGGCAUUUCGAAAAAAAGGUGAAGAUUUCUUUUCAUGGCCGACGCAGCUAGUUUUGAUACAAAUUCAGGAUGUUGUUACAAAUGACAAAACAAAUAGAAUUAAAACGUUGCUUCUUUUAUUACUUCUUGCUGAAAUACACAAUAGAAACAAAGAUCAGGAAUCAAAGUAUAAGCCAGAUAUCAAGAACGAAAAAGACUGUGCCAACUUUGUGAAAAAGACAUGUAGACUUGGUGAUUAUUUUCAGCCUCUAAAUUUUAAAAAUUUACAAGCUGUGGUAUCGGAAUUAACUUGGUCUUUCAUACGCGAAACUGGAGAAAAUUCCUAUCAAUUCAUUCAUCAGAGUGUUUUUGAUGCA